ACCGGGCGUGAAGUGGGGUGGACGCUUGGGGGCUGGGGCGUGGCGUGGCUGCGGCAGGUCCCGGAGCGGCGCUCGGUGUCCUCCGGGAUAGCCGUCGGGGCUGAGAGGCCGGACCCUGGCUCGGGGCACAUGCCUGAAGCCGCAGCGAGCAGAUGGAGCCACAGACGGUGGGAAAUCGUGUGAGCUGAGUGAACCAUUUAUGCAACAUUUGCAAAGAGAAAAAGUCAAAAGGGAAGUCAGAAGUGGAGGAGGCUGACAUUGUGGAGCAAUGGGUGACUGGAGCUUCCUGGGGAGACUAUUGGAGAAUGCACAGGAACACUCCACAGUCAUUGGCAAGGUGUGGCUGACAGUCCUAUUCAUCUUCAGGAUCAUGGUGCUCGGAGCUGCUGCUGAGGAAGUGUGGGGAGAUGAGCAGUCAGACUUCACCUGCAACACCCAACAGCCAGGCUGCGAGAACGUCUGCUAUGACCAGGCCUUCCCCAUCUCCCACACCCGCUUCUGGGUGCUGCAGAUCAUCUUUGUGUCCACGCCCACCCUCAUCUACCUGGGGCAUGUGCUGCACAUUGUGCGCAUGGAACAGAAGAAGAGAGGGAAGGAACAAGAGCAGGUAAAGGGAAGUAGCCUAAGUCUCAGAUCUGCUGGACAGUGUUCACCCAGAGACCACAGCCAGAAGGAUAAAACCCCCCUGUGGAAUGACCUUGGCAAGGUUCGCAUCACCGGGGCCCUGCUUAGGACCUAUGUUUUCAACAUCAUCUUUAAGACAUUGUUUGAAGUGGGCUUCAUUGCUGGACAGUACUUUCUGUAUGGCUUUCAGCUGAAGCCACUCUACCGCUGUGACAGGUGGCCCUGCCCCAACACAGUGGACUGCUUCAUCUCCAGGCCCACAGAGAAGACCAUCUUCAUCAUCUUCAUGCUGGUUGUGGCCUGCCUGUCUCUCUUACUCAACAUGCUGGAGAUAUACCACCUGGGCUGGAAGAAGCUUAAACAGGGCAUGACCAACCACUAUGGCCCUGACACUCCUGAUUCAAGGAUGGGGACUACAAAACCUGAGGGUGUGAGCCCACUGCCUUCCCACCCUAUAUCCACCACUGGUACUGUGGGGUGCCCUCCUUACUAUACUCACUCUGCCUUUUCCCUGGGACAGGCAGUGGCCACAGCCUGUCUCAGCUCCCCUCCACCAGCAACUGACUUCAAUGUGGCAGCCCCAUCCCUGACACGGGGGAAGAGCCUCCCUGACAAAUUGUACAAUAGUAACCAUCACCUGCUAAUGACAGAGCAGAACUGGGCCAACCAGGAGACCAAGCAGCAGACAUCUGUUAGGAAGGCCUUCUGGCCAGUGUCCACAUCUUCCUCCUUUACCCCUCCAGGCAGCCCCCAGCCACCCCCACAGGAGGGUAGAGCAGGCAGCAAGGAGUCUGUCCUGCUGGAGAAUGGGGGUGGCAGCAGCUUGGGAGAGAGCAGCCUGGAAGUGACUCCUGAUGAGGGGCAGCAGGCAGUGACCACCGCUGUCGAGAUGCACACACCCCCCUUUCCCCCCACAGACCCCAGACAGUCAAGCAGAGCCAGUAAGUCCAGUGGCAGUCGGGCCAGACCCAAUGACUUGGCCAUCUAGUCAGCUCUGUGAUGACCUCUUUUCCAGCAACCAAAACCAAAGUGCACUUCAAACGAGCAGGUAGAAAGCCUAGAGUGACAGAGGGCACUGGAGCAGGGGAGGGGGAAGAGCAUCAGAGAGGUCUGGUUUCUGUGUCAGUGCUUGCUGUCCUUCAUGGUGGUGGG